AAAAAUAUCUCUAGAACUGAUGUUUAAAUAUAGAUUUAUUUUUUUUUUUUAUAAAUUCUUACACCCUUACCAGAUGCCUAAAAAACACCCAGUCUUGGGUUUUAUUACAUAAACCAUUGCUUUCUGGUGCAUAAAAUGUUAACUUCUUAUAGUUUUAGAAGAAAAGAAAACACAUUAUUUGAAACUUCAUCUCAGGAUGAAUGGUUACGCAACCAUUAGGUGGGUUGCCUAAAAUAAUGAAAUGUAUCCUCUGGGAACCAUCAGUGUCUUUGCACACAUCUGAUUUGGUUUUGUCCUUGUUGUAUUGACCCAUUACAUUCCUACAGCACUCAACACCGUAUGAUCUUAUGAUUUCCAUGAUAUUCAUAACAUUUCCCGUUCCAAGUGCCUGCUCUGGACCAGUAGUGUCUGACGCAGAGGCUGUAUGUCUGCAGUGAGCAGCAUGUCUUCCUGCAGUCUGCAGUGGUCAGUGUGAGGAGGCCCAGGCUCUGCUGGUUCUGUGAAAUGCUACUUACUCACAGUGACUGGUUGCAAAGACAUACCAUUUCGGGGGGAGCUUAAUAUCCUCCCACGGCCUCAGCCCGUGGCACGCUAGGUGUUCUCCCUGACACCCCUGCCCCUCCCUGGAAAUGGACACUGCUGGUGUAUUAAUAGCCCCAGAGCGCCACAGAGCUCUCUUUCUUAAACGUAGCUAAGGAUCAGGGUACGUUCGACAGAUCUGUGCCGUCGCAUUUUCUAGACUGUUGUACACUGUGACGGACUCGUCAGAUGAAAACUCCAUUCUGAGAACAACCACUGUACCUGAGUUUGAGACACCCAGAGAGAGACGCGAUGGAAAAGCCAGUGUUGCAGACACAACCCUCCACCCUGCCUUUUUUCGACACCGCUCACGCCUUCAACCUGCUGCGCGGCAUCCACGAACUCCGCGCCGAAAGGAAGUUCUUCGAUGUGACUUUGUGCGCUGAAGGGCGGGAGUUCCACUGCCAUCGCACAGUGUUGGCCGCUGCCAGCACCUACUUCCGAGCCAUGUUCGCCGGAACGCUGAGGGAGAGCGCUAUGGACCGGGUGGUCCUACAUGAAGUGUCGGCGGAGCUUUUAGGUCUGCUGGUGGACUUCUGCUACACAGGCCGAGUCACCGUGACUCAGGACAACGUGGAUCUGCUGCUUAAGACGGCGGACCUGUUUCAGUUCCCCUCAGUCAAGGAGGCCUGUUGUGCUUUUCUAGAGCAGCGUCUGGAUGUGUCGAACUGCUUGGAGAUCCAGGACUUUGCGGAGGCCUACGCUUGCAGAGAGCUGGCGACCAGCGCCCGUCGCUUCGUUCUUAAAAACAUCAUGGAGUUGGCUAAAGGGACGGACUUUGAGCGGUUGCCGUGGAAGCGCCUGCUUGAGUUCGUGUCGGACAAUGAGCUUUGCGUGGACAAGGAGGAGACAGUCUACCAAAUUGCGGUGCGCUGGGUGAAGGCGGAUCUCCAGCGGCGACUGCAUUACUGGCCUGAGCUGCUCCAGCAGGUUCGGCUCCCCUUCGUCAGACGGUUCUUCCUCUUGGCUCACGUGGAAAGCGACCCGCUUGUCUAUCUUUCGCCCACCUGCCUCCGCAUGGUCAAUGAAGCCCGUAGCUUCCAGUCGUGCGAGUACGACCGCCAUGACAGGCCGUGCCACCGCAUGCGCCCGCGGCCGUCCACGGGGUUGGCAGAAAUCCUGGUGGUGGUGGGGGGGUGUGACCAGGACUGUGAUGAGCUGGUCACGGUAGACUGUUACAACCCCCAGACUGGACAGUGGCGCUACCUGGCAGAGUUCCCUGACCACCUGGGAGGUGGCUACAGCAUCGCUGCGCUCGGAAACGAUAUGUAUGUGACAGGUGGCUCUGAUGGCUCUCGCCUCUACGACGGCGUGUGGCGCUACAAGUCCAGCGUCAACGAGUGGACGGAGGCGUCGCCUAUGUUAAAGGCCCGCGAGUACCACAGCUCCUGCGUGCUGAAAGGCCAGCUCUACGUGGUGGCGUCCGACAGCACAGAGCGCUACGACCACGCUGUGGACUGCUGGGAAGCCUUACCAGCCAUGCUGCACCCCAUGGACAACUGCUCCACCACCACGUGCAGCGGACGCCUCUACGCUAUAGGCUGCCUGACUGGAGAGGACACCAUGGCCAUUCAGAGCUACGAUGCAGACUCCAACCGCUGGUCAAUGGUCAACUGUGGACAGCUGCCCCCAUGGUCCUUCACACCCAAAACGGUCACCCUCAACGGCCUCAUUUACUUUAUCAGGGAUGACUCCGCUGAGGUCGAUGUUUACAAUCCUCUAAAGAACGAAUGGGACAAAAUUAGUCCAAUGACCCAGGUCCAUGUCGGUGGCAGCGUGGCAGUCCUGGGCGGUAAAUUAUACGUCUCCGGUGGUUACGAUAACACGUUUGAGCUAUCGGAUGUGGUAGAGGCCUAUGACCCGACCACACGCUCGUGGUCUCUCGCUGGACGGCUGCCUCAGCCAACCUUCUGGCACGGCAGCGUUAGCAUAUUCCGUCAGUUCAUGCCUCUGGUUUCCAGCUCGUUUGAGCCGACCAGCGUGCCCGAGUCCAACGCCAUUCACCUGCAUCGCCACCAUCGCCAUCAAGCGCUCCACAAUCUCAACAACAAUCUCAACCAGAACCAGGACGUCAACCCAGCGCACUGACUUUUGACCCGGCGAUUCUGGUACCAUGCAUGUGUGGUCUGCGCCCACUGGUUGUGCGAUCAGCAGUGGACUCUUUGUUUGCCUCAUCGUUAGAGCUGUCGCAGCAGAGCAGACGUCUUACCGUGUAGUCCUCCUCGUAGAACUCGUCAUCGUCACAGCAGAGACUCACUCAAGUCUGUUGAGUUGAUGAAUGAUCAGCUUUAAUGGGACACUGUGGGAUGGUUCUAGUAGAAAAGCUCAGGGAAGUUGCCGUGUGUUACUUGAGAUGGGGAUGUUGACCUCUCCUAUUCAUCAUUUCAGUCAUUUUACUAAAAGAAAUCAGUAAUUUGAUUUCAGAUAAUUUAACUUUUGAAAAUAAAUAUUAGUUUUAGUUUAGUGUGUUCUAUCAGUGUCACUUUUGUUCAACAUAUUUCAUUUGUUAGUGUGAUAUGGUUCUGCUAAUCUAUAUUUGUAGAUACAGCCCUAUUGUGAAUCUGAUCUUUCCGGUUCCUGAUCAGCUCAAUCAUGGUCCAUCCAGCUGUAAAUGGUGCAUUAGUGCUCUGAGACUGGAUGGCAAAUAAUAUGACAAAGUUCUUGUACACUUUACAAGAUGAAAAUUUAAUUCCCCUAAUCAAUUGUCCCAGCUGUGGUGAAAUACACAGCUGGUUCAGCUGGGGCACUCCCCAAUAAUCCCAGGGGUACCAGUAUCUCUGUUAGCAGUGGUGUAGCUGUGGGUUGCUGAUACUGUAUGUGGUUAACAAACAAGACAAGUGCGCAAUAAAAUAGAUGCUUCAGCUGUGGUUCUGCUGUAUUCAUAUGAUUCUUUAUAAAGGAUCCCAGGCAGCCUGAUGUCUGACAUAGCUAUAGGAAUGGAUGCUACAUCAGUGAGUAUUCAACAAUUUAGUGGAAAAUAACAAUAAUUUGUUUACAUUCCAAAGACAAUCAAAAGUUGAUAUUAGGACUCUACACAUCUCUUAGUAGGAGGGGUUGUGAUACUCCUUGCCUUAUGGUUGCAUGUGAUGUUGACUGUACCUGGUUGUUACACCACCUUUCUAACAGUCAGUGAAAUGUGCAUGAAGCAUUUUCUUUGACAUUUGUGUUUCUGGAUCUGGUUUUCUGUGCUGUGGUUGCUUAAGAUGCCGCUGCAGUCACAACCAAAGCUGUAACAUUUAAUGUUUGUGCAACAUCGGCCCUCAACUGGAAGUGCAAAAGAAUCUCAUGUCAAAUCAGUUUUGCUUUAAAUGAAGUAGUGUUUGUAUGGUUUUGUUAAUGCACAGUUUUCUUUCAUGUUUGUGAGGUGGAAUCGUUUUUUGUAAAGACACGAUAUUCUGAACUCGUAUGUACUGUGUAAAGUUUACAGAGUGAUAAAUUCAACUGCAGGCAGGUCUAAGUUUAUUUUGCUGUUGUCCAUUUGAGGAGCUGUUGGAACGUUAUAAACUGAGUUAGUUUGAACAGAUUAAUGCAUUAUAUUCUUUUAUUAUUAUUAGCUAAUACAUUCACUAAUAAAGUUGUAUAUUUUAACAAGA